AAAUGUUAGGAUAUCCGCCUCAAGACCACGCUUAGUCUGUAUGUUUCGAUAAUAAAUUAGUAUUAUCAUCAAUGCUCGUAUCUCCAGAACUUUAACCCUGGCGUCACUUUUAAGUUUAAAGUAUUAUUAGGGGUAACGUCGACACAGACAGACCAGUUUGUAAUUUCUUUUAAAGUGCAGCAUUUUUUAUUUUAUAUUUAUUGUUCAAUUAUUACUUAUAGCCAAUUAAUUUUAUGUAAAUCAAUUCUUAGACUGAUUUCAUUUCAUACUUCCUCUCUAUAUUGUUUACUGAAAAAAAUUUUUUGUAUAUCGUGAAAUUUAAUUUUUUUAAAAAUGGUAGGUAAUUUUACUAAGAGACAGUGGCUUACUCUUAUUGUUAUUAGUAUUGCAGACUUUGCAAAUGCUAUUUGUGUAUCAUUACAAGCACCGUUUUAUCCCCGAGAGGCAGAGAAAAAAAAUGCAUCACCGUCAGAGUAUGGGCUUGUAUUUGGAAUUUUUGAGCUCAUUGUUUUCCUCAUCAGCCCUGUAUAUGGACAACACUUGAAUAGGAUCGGACCCAAGUUACUUUUCAACGGUGGAAUUUUAACAACAGGCACUUGUGCUAUAUUCUUUGGACUUUUGGACAAGGUUGACGGACACUAUCCUUUCAUAGCUCUUUCCUUUAUUAUAAGAAUAUUGGAAGCGUUUGGGAAUGCUGCUUUUCUCACGGCCAGUUUUGCCAUAAUUGCCAAGGAAUUUCCUGAAAACGUCGCUACAACAUUCGCGAGCCUCGAAACAUUUUUUGGACUUGGACUUAUUGUCGGUCCAACUGUCGGCGGUGCUUUGUAUCAAAUCGGUGGAUACACAUUGCCAUUUGCUGUUUUGGGUUCUGCUCUUAUUGUUGCAGCAAUUAUGACAGCUUUCAUCCUUCCGAUGCACAAUGAUUCAGAUCAAGAUUCUCCGAAAUUCGGUGGGUACUCAAAAGUAUUAAGAAUUCCGGGUGUGUUAGUAUCAACGGCUUCAAUAAUGGCCACAAGUAUGAGCAUCGGCUUCCUUCAGGCAACUUUAGAACCUCAUUUACGGCAGUUUGAUUUGAGUCCAGUCGUUUUGGGGUUGAUGUUUGUGCUUAAUGGAGGCACUUAUGCUCUUACGGCGCCCGCUUGGGGAUGGUUGUGCGACCGGCGAAUGCGACCCAAACUAGUCACUAUUAUAGGCUGCGUCUUAAUAAUGAUCGGAUUUUCUUUAAUUGGACCAGCACCUUUUAUUCCAUGCCCUACAAUCAUUUGGGUAACAAUCUGUGGUCUGGUUACCCACGGGAUCGGUUUAUCUGCUCAGUUGGUCGCAGCUUUCUCUGACGCUCUACAAACAACCAUAGCACAUGGAUUUCCAAAUAAUUUUGAGACUUAUGGAUUAAUCAGUGCACUCUGGACAAGUUCUUUUGCUCUUGGUGCUUUUAUUGGUCCUAGUCUUGGAGGAAUCCUUCUGGACAAUAUAAAUUUCCGUAACGCCUCCAUGUUUAUCGUCAUCCUUAAUUUAUUAGUGGGAAUAGCUGCAUCAGUAUUCGUCAUCUGUUGUUCACGAAAUCCGAAACCAUUUACGGAAGUAAGCUCCGAAAGAGAGUCACGGGCGUCUUUAACAGAUAGCGGUAGAUCCCAAAGUACAAGCUUGUUUACAAGUGAACUCGAUAAUCAAAAUAUGCCCAUCGAUAGGCCCAGCGGAAUGAAUUCUCUAAUGGCGUGUAACAGCUAUUCUAAUCGCGCUGGUGCUUGGUCAAGGGCGUCCUACAGCGGUCGUUACAGUUACAACUACGGAUCAUUGGAUGCUAAACAAUAUUUACUAGAAAGGACAACUUAAUGCAAAAAUAAAAAGCUAAACUAAACUAUAAUAUAAUCUAACUGUACAUAUUUGCAUUUUUAAUUAGCUAUCAUUUUUAUGUUAAUGUUAAAGAUGUAGUAAAUUAAUUCUUCAAACAAAACAAUGCUAGUAACUCGAGCUGAGUGAUUUUCACUGAGAUUGUUCGCUGCCAAUUGCCAAGUCUUAACUUAAAUCCACAUGAAAUUCCAAUGCGUUCGCCGCGCCUUCACACAAUAAUAUAAUAUAAAUGCAUGUGCUUGUAACUUCACAGCGCACCCAAAUCUUUGUACCAUUGUAAAAACAAUCUGUUCUAUUUAUGUCAAUAACUGUUUGGAAAUAAUUAUUGGAAAUUGCUGCUUCAAUGAAUUUUUGUCAUAAUUGUAAAUCAUAGAUUUAAUGAAGACAAUAAAUAAAAGAAAAA